AUGGCAGGCCGUAGAGCGGCUACGAAGGCCGACUCCUCUCCAGGCCCUGGCGCGUAUGACGCCAAACAGAGCUCGGGAUCCCCAUCGUACGGUCUGGGGACUGGCCAACGCAAAACGUUCUCCGCACCCAAUACUCCAGGACCGGGGGCCUACAGUCCUCGGUAUCUGGGCGACUCUUCACCUCAGUGGGGCAUAGGAACUCAAAGCCGCUCACGUGCGGGAGGCGUGUCGAAACUUGAUGUACCCGGUCCCGGCACGUACACGCUGCCCAGCAGGCUUCAGGAGUCGCCGCAGUAUUCGAUGGGAAGCAGAGGCGAACAAAAAAGAAAGGACAACAGUCCGGGGCCCGGCGCCUACAACCCACGUUAUCCCGAAAGAGAUGCUGGGAAGUACAGCUUCGGCGUGAAGACGGCAGCCUCGAGACCGGGGGGCACGACACCGGGACCGGGCGCAUACAACAUGAUCGGAGACAUAGCGAGUCCGAAGAGCCCGCAGUGGACGUUCGGCAGUCAAGUCCGAGGAAAGAGUUACUCCACGAGCUUGCCUGGUCCUGGGCAAUACAAUCCCGAAAGCAGUCCUCGAAGGCGUCCUCCUGCAUGGAGGUACGAGCUGACAAUAUCUGAACAUUUGGACAGAUUGAGAAGUGUUUCUCUUCGACCGCUCUGUACCUGGGCGGCUCUCGUUCGUGUCCACAAACAACUGUUCGACUUGAUAGGAAUAGCGGCGUCUUCCCUGACUGCCACUACACGUAGCCCCACACCACGGACACCCUAUCCCACUGCAUACCCGCUCUUUCCAUCACUCGUUCGGACAAAAUGA